GAAAAACUCGUAAGUAAGUAAAUAAAUAAAUAAAUAGAAUCCUCCAAAAAUUUUUAAAAAAAAAAGAGAAGAAAUUUCGAAGGCUUUGAAAAAAAAAAAAUCGAACGAAGAAGAAUUUGUUAAGCGAUAGAUCUGUGGAUUACGAUGGAAGUGCCUGUCUCAUGGGAUGCUCUACGCAAACAGGCAAGGAAACUCGAAGCUCAGUUGGAUGAGCAAAUGAAUUCAUAUCGUAAGUUGGUCUCCAGUAAGGCUUCGAUAAAAAAUGACUUGGAAGAGAAUGGUAUUGAAUCUGGUAUCGACCGACUACUAAAACAGCUACAAGAAGUAAAUAUGAAAAUGCAAGACUGGGUCUCAUCUGGUGGAUCUGAAAUGGUUUCUCAUACCUUGACUAGGCAUCAGGAAAUUCUUCAAGAUCUCACUCAGGAGUUCUAUCGUCUUCGCUCUAGCCUUAGAGCUAAACAAGAACACGCUUCUCUACUGGAGGAUUUUAGGGAAUUUGAUCGGACUAGAUUAGACUUGGAAGAAGGUGUUGGUUCCACAGAACAAGCUCUACUUAAGGAGCAUGCGGCCAUCAGUCGAAAUACAGGACAUAUGGAUAAUGUUAUUUCACAAGCUCAAGCAACUCUUGGUGCACUUGUCCUUCAACGUUCUACUUUUGGGGGGAUUAAUUCAAAGCUCAGCAAUGUUAGCAGCCGCCUACCAACGGUAAAUCAGAUUCUGUCUGCAAUAAAGAGGAAAAAGUCUAUGGAUACCAUCAUUCUCUCUCUGGUUGCAUCUGUAUGCACAUUUCUUAUCUUCAUCUACUGGUUGAGCAAGUGACAAAGUAUGUAUGCAUGUAUGUUAUGUUGCUGGCCAAUGAUGGGUGAAACAGGAUCCAUUCGAGGUGUAUGGUGCUAAGAAGGGUUAUUAUCUUAUGUUGUGUAAGUUGAUAUUGACAUUUCUAGUGGGCACUGCAUCUUGCCUUCACUAUGGGUUUCCCAGUAUAGGUAAAUUUCAACAUUCACAUAUGCUUUAUUAUUUCGUUUUUUGGGUAUCAUCCAUGUUAAAUGAGUAAAGCUACAAAUAAAAGAGUGUUUCAUUUCA